AUGUCACGUGUGCAGCAGCGGCUCUCUGGCUUGCAGAAAGCUGGAUAUGUGGACCCGGAUGACGAGCGCAUUCAGAAGGGGCAGCGGCAGCUCAUUGAAGAGUCUGCAAAAUGGAAAGGACCAGGUCACAAGGAACGCCAACAAGAGCGGGAAGUCCGAAAAGCAAUGAAGAACCGAGCUAAGCAGCCCCAGGAGAAGGCCUCUUGGAAGCAGCAGGCUGCCGGCUGGUUCUUCAUCUUGUUCAUGUGUGGCAUAGGCUUCUUUUCGUUCCUGUUCUCAAUCUCCGACAUGAUUAUUGGCAAUGGUGUUGUCACGCUUGACGUGCAAGACACCGCAAAAUUAAAGAAAGUGCUCUUCGGUGGAGAUCCCUGGCUCGUCUACUGCAUAAACGAUGAGACUGUCAAUCACCGCUUGCCACAAAUUCUGGAGGAAUCUGCCAGAAGUCUUUGGCGGAGCUUGGGGUUGAGUGUUGGCAUUCUUCGGUGUUGGGACCAGACUUCUAGUGGUCGAAGCGUGGCCCAGCGGUUCAGCCUUAGCCUGAAGCCACCUUUGUCCUUCGUUGUCGCCAAUGGCAACAAGCCGCGACCUCUCCAUCUUACUGGAAUUUCAAAAGUCGAGGACCUGGAGAAGCGACUAAAGCCUGCUCUCGUUUUGGAGUCUUGUCUCAUUUUGCCAGCCAUGUUGCGUCAUGUCAGCCUAUCUCACUGCAUUGACAUAUCCUAUGCCAUGAAGCAAGAUGUGACCAGCAUACUGGAAAACAGCAUAUGA